AAAAUAAUCCUGAAACAUCAAAAAGAAUAUCAACAAAACUGAGGGAGAGAAGAAUAAACAGGGGAGAAGAUUACACAUCGUCGUCGUCUUCUUCCUCUUCUGCCUCUCUCUCUCUCUCAUUCAUAUUUUCUUGUGAUCAGAAGCUCAAUUCCUACCCUACACAUUAUUAUGUAAUCACAAGUUUCUGAAACAUAUAGAUCAGAUAUUUCAUCUUUUCUGAAUUUAGGAUUAAGGGAUAAUAAUGGGUUCUUUUGAUAGUUUCCGAAAAGCUGUUGGUGCAUUAAAGGAUACCACCACCGUCCAGCUUGUCAAGCUUAAUAGCGAUUUUAAGGAUUUGGAUAUUGCCAUUGUGAAGGCUACGAAUCAUGUGGAGUGUCCCCCAAAGGAACGUCAUAUUAGAAAAAUUUUUUGGGCAACUUCUGCAGUUAGGCCUCGUGCAGAUGUAGCGUAUUGCAUUCAUGCGCUUGCUAGGAGAUUGUCAAAGACUCGGAACUGGAUUGUUGCAAUAAAGGCAUUGAUAGUUAUUCAUAGGACAUUGAGGGAAGGUGAUCCUACCUUCCGCGAGGAAUUACUCCACUAUUCACACAGGGGACAGAUUCUUCAGAUAUACAAUUUUAAGGAUGAUUCAAGCCCUCUUGCUUGGGAUUGUUCUGCAUGGGUCCGGACAUAUGCCCAGUUUCUUGAAGAACGGCUUGAGUGUUUUAGAACUUUAAAAUAUGACAUUGAAGCUGAACGUUUGACCAAAUCAAUACCAGGAACAUCAAAGGCACAUAGUAGAACACGACUAUUAAAUGGUGAAGAACUAUUAGAGCAGCUACCAGCAUUACAGCAACUUCUGCAUCGCCUGGUUAAUUGCCAGCCCGAAGGAGCAGCUUACCACAAUUACCUUGUACAAUAUGCCUUGGCUUUGGUGCUAAAGGAAAGUUUCAAAAUAUAUUGUGCUGUCAAUGAUGGAAUCAUCAAUCUUGUGGACCAGUUCUUUGAAAUGAACAAAUAUGACGCAGUUAAAGCACUUGAUAUUUACAAAAGAGCUGCACAACAGGCUGAAAGUCUUGCCGAGUUUUAUGACAUAAGCAAAGGUCUGCAUCUUGCUAGAAAUUUCCAAUUCCCUACACUGAAACAGCCACCUGCUUCCUUCCUUGCAACAAUGGAGGAAUAUAUAAAUGAAGCUCCCAGGAAUAGUAGUGAAUCUAUCAAGAGACUGGAGUAUGCGCCGGAACCUGAGCAGCCAGAAGAACCUGAACCAGAGGAAGAGGAAGUUGAAGAGGUUGAGGAGAAAGAAGAAGAGACACAAGAAGAACCUGAAACUAAGGAAGAGGAUCAAGUUCCACCACCGCAUGAAGAAAUGGGAGACCUUCUGGGCUUAAAUGAAGAAAUAAAUCCUAGAGCUGCAGAACUAGAAGAAAGCAAUGCAUUAGCUCUUGCAAUAAUCCAACCUGGUAGUGAACAGCAGUCCACAAGUAAUGCACUGAGUGAAAUUGGUAAAACAUCAGGUUGGGAGCUCGCUCUAGUCACGACUCCAAGCAACACCAGCAAUAACAACCAACCCCAGAAUUACAAUCUGGGUGGUGGAUUCGACAAGCUACUACUAGACAGUCUGUACGAGGAUGAUUCUGCCAGGCGCCAAAUACAGCUGCAGCAAGCAGGGUACAACACAUAUGGCUACGGAAUGCCUUCCAAUUCACUGAAUCCCUUUGAGCAACAAGGCGAUCCAUUCGCCAUGUCAAACACUAUCGCGCCACCAACAAACGUUCAAAUGGCAAUGCUGCAGCAGCAACAGAUGAUGAUGCAACAACAACAGCAACAAAACAACAUGAUGAUGGUUCCUCAUCAAUCUUUCCAAAAUGCACCCCCAUAUCCUCAACAACAACAGCAAAUGCAACCAUACAUGGGAGCCCCGAAUCCUUUCGGAGACCCUUAUAGUUUUUCAGCAAACAAUGCGCCAUCUCAGGGACACAAUCCAUUAAUCUAGGCUUAUGAAACACGUUUAGAAAUCCCUUGAAAAACUCUUUUUUAAAAAUUUGGUGUUUUUUUAAAUACCAUUUUAUUCAAUAUUCUUUUUUUUAUAAUUAUAAGACAAUGCUGAAGGUUGAUCAUUGUAAAUUGUUAGACCCAUUGGUGGUCACUCUGAUCAGCUCAGUUGACAAAAGGUCUAAUGUAUAGUUGUUCCUGUUGAUUUGAUUAGUUAUACAGAAACCUAUAUAUUUUUCUUAUUAGAUUUGAUCAUCUUCUCAGUUACAAAAGAUCUGCUGUACUCUGUUCGACGAAAGAAUUUAAUAUUAUGAUUGUACUUUUACUUUUU